AUGAAUACGGUGAGAAUGGGCAAGAAUGCAUACAGCGGCAGGAGUCAGAAUGAUCAGGAUAUGAGGGAAAUUUUAGGGUGUGUAGUGGUAAAUAUGUAUAUGAACAUAUUGAGAAAUGCCAAAUGCGGGAAUCCGUGGAAAGGACCGAGUUAUGCCUGGAAGGUGGCGAGAAAAAUGGGAAAUGACGCAGGAGGUGCAGCAUUCAGCAGUGCAAUUACAGACGGAACGUGUUCUAGGGAUGGAUGGCGCUACCUGAACAUAGGAAAAAAGGACAUUCGGAGCGCUGUGGAUGCAUGGUUAAGGGACAAUGCACACAUAAUGGCGGAAAUACAGAAAGCUGAGGCAAGCGCAGAAUGUAACAAACCAUGGAAGAGGGAACGAGGUAUGAAAGAGAGCGGAGGUACUACGCAUGGUAGUGCAGGAGGCAGUGAUGCACACACACAACUUGGCAAGAAGAUAGGACAUAUCGUGGACAGCAUAAUUGUAGGGAUGAAGGAAGACAUAGAUGAAGGGGGAAGAAUGAAUAAGAAAAGGAAAGAGCAGUCCAGGUUAAGUUCUACGGGUACCUCCAACGUCCAGAAGGACACGAGGCGUAAGGCGGGAGUGGACCAUGUUGCACAAGAAGAGUCGGAAGAUGAAGACGCAGAACAGGAGGACACGAAUGGUAAGAACAGUACGAAUACGACUC